CUAAUGAAUCUUUUAGUAGCAGAGGUGUAACCUGGAUAGAAGCUAAAUCCUUAUUCUCGAGCUCUAUCCAAAUUAUUCGGCCAUGGCUGCUGCCACUAAUUUUGGAACAACGUGGUGUUUAAGAAGAGUAGUAACUCAUGCCUUUCAUUCUCAUAAUCUCCGCAACAAUGUCUCUUUUCAAACGAACCUUACCUUCCUUUCCACUUCUUCAGCUUCAACUGUAAGCCAGAGUGUACAAGCUUCAAGAGGAGAAGCUGAUGUAUUGCUCAACGGAGUUGGGGAAAAAAGUGUAGCAAAUGAAGUGAAGCAUGUUCUUGAGAUGGCUAGACGAGCAUCAUUAAAACGAGAGAUUCUCCAUACAAAUUUUCUAACUCCUCCAGUGCUAAAGGAAUCUAUGCAAGUAUUGGAAAAAUUAGCAGAUAUUAAAGCAAUUGCUCAAGGAGGUUAUCCGCAGGCUGAACGGUGCCGGAUUUCUGUUGGACAUCCAGAUGAACUGACAAGUGAUCCAGAUAUUAUUUCGGCAUCGAGCAUUACAGGGAACUUCCAGUUUGAACCUUGCUCUCAUGGUGACUUCCUCGGCUCAAUUCUUGGUACAGGAAUUUCCAGGGAAAAACUUGGAGAUAUUAUAUUGCAGGGAGAACAAGGUGCUCAGAUAAUUGUUGUACCAGAACUUGUUGAAUUUCUUAUGUCAGCACUGGAUAAGGUUCGUAAUGUUUCUGUAACUUGCACCAAGAUACCAUUAAUUUCUCUUGAUUAUGAACCGCCAAGAACAAAGUCAUUCAAAACUGUAGAAGCAUCACUAAGAGUUGAUGCAGUAGCUAGUGCAGGAUUUAAAGUUUCACGUUCAAAGCUAGUUGACAUGAUCAGCAAUGGCGAUGUACGUAUCAAUUGGAUACCUGUUACUACCAAAGGAACCACAAUCAAGAGUGGCGAUAUUGUAUCAGUUAGUGGAUUGGGAAGAUUAAAGAUUGGAGAAGUAAACACCACAAAGAAAGGAAAGUUUGCAGUGGAACUCAUCAGAUAUUUGUAGAAGUAGUUUUUCAUUGCUGGAGCUAGCGAAGGGUUUUUGUGGACCAGCACAACUCAUGAUCUACCGUAGAUAAGUGCUUAAAAAUCAUCUGAAACUCUAACGAUGGUCAGCAACACUCCUCAGAAGUAGAAGCUCACAGUUCUCCUCGUCCUUAUGGUUGAGAGGGUGACUUGAUUGAUGUCGGUUUGACGAGUUUGGUUUUGAGAGACACAUAUUUCUUUUCCCUUGUUCUUAUCUUACAUGCAUCAAUCAAGUCACUUUCUCAAUCUUAAAAAUGAGGAGGACUAUGAACUUCUAUUUCUUAAAAACAGAGUUUGUGGUCGUUGAAAUUUUGAACAGUUUUCAAGUAUUAGUCCACAUUAGACUAUUGCUAGAGCUACCAUUUGUUGUAGGUAUUCAAUUCUAAUAACAUAAGCUACACGUUCUAUUUUUUGGAGGCAAUCUCUGCUUAGCCUCAUAUAAAACUGCAGAGAAAAAAAUGUAUAGGAAACUUUCAUCUUCUUUUAUUAUUGUAAAUGUUAAUUAACUUUCUCA